AUGAUACUGAUGUUAAUGGUCAGACAAUGCUUGAAUCUCCAACACAACAUCGUCAAAUGAAAUUGUUCUCCUCAAAGGAACGGAGAAAGUCUACACAUCCUAAGAAUGAUCCUUAUUGGGUUAUACAAACUAUAACUAAAAGUGGUAAACUUGAAAGAAAGGUUGAUUUAAUAGAUGGUAAAAAGAAGACUGGUUUAAGAAGUUGGAGAAUAUAUGGUGUAAUAUUAAGUGGUAGCCAGCUAAUGUUCUUUAAAGAUGAAACAGUGUUUACUACACAGAUGAAAAAGUUGAAAAAUUUAGAGGAAUCUGCAAUAUUACCUGUUUUAAAACCAGAUGUAAUACUUAUGACUGCAGAUUCUGUAGCA